ACUGAGUAUUUUUCUAAUUUUAACUAAUGACUUGCUAAUACAUGUGUAAUACUGAACAGGUAUCGAAAUGCGCUGGGGCGUCAAUUCUUGGCGCAAAUAAAAACGCUGCAAAUCGGUAAAAUUCUUAUCAAUAUUGCAAGUAUUGCUUAAUUUAUCCAGUGUCAAGUCAAUACACCUUAAUGAUUAAUACAUAUAUUUUAUAAUGUUAUCUUGGCUUAUGCUUGGGCACCUUCAAUUAUUAGUUUAUUAAUUAAAAUGUUCAUAUAAACUGACAGUUCAGUUAACUGACAAGUUGAAAUCAGACAACUGGUUGUCAGUAAAUCACUCAAAUCCACACUGAAAUGCAUACCAUAUGCAAACCUGCAAUAAUUUUCAUCGAAACAAUCGAUAAGCAAGGCAUAAUUUAAGUAAAGUAUUCGCGAAAAAAACGAAAAUGAUGCGAGAUGACUAAGGGGGUUGCGAUUCGAUGCCAAAACUCGCUGGCCGGCAAGAAUGCAAACUGACGAGUGUGAGACCCGGACGAACGAAAUGGGUUUCUAGAUUAUCGGCCGGUUAUUAGCGGGAGUUUUGAAUUUUUAAGACAAUAAAAAUUCACUGGGUGAUGUGUGUUCAAGUUCAAGAAAUCCCGAAGUAAACAGACUACAAGUUGCAGUCAUUCAACUAGUAACCUCUCGCCCUAAAAAACAAUUUUUCGAAAACAGGCAUCAGCACAACCAACAAAACUGUCACAGAAAGAGAGGUUAAGGUAAAGAAGCGGCUUUUGAGAAGACUAUAGUGACCAAAACAAAUAAUUAGCCGUAGCAGAAUGGAUAAGUCUUUGAAAGGGAAAUCGCUGCUUAUUGGCUCCGUUUCACACACACCUCGGUCUAGCUUUGCAGGCAAAUCAAUGGUCCAAAAUCGCAGCUUAAAUGAGUCGCGGCAAAACACCAGAACUUCAGUCCAGGUCGUUUUAAAAGGCUUGUCCAAUACUGUAGAACGAUUUGGGUUACCCAUUCCUGUACAGGUAGAAGAAGCAUUUUCAUUUUCCGAUAAAAACACUGUAAUCACAGCAAAAGUGUCUGAAUCCGGUUAUGCGUGGGUGGUUUGUGGUAGAAAGCUCUUGGUAUGGAGAUACCAAAACAUUAAAUCUAAUGCAUCUCCUAAAAAAUGGAGUUUUCCGAUUUGCCAUGAGCUGAGGCUGCCACAGAGUGAUUUGGCUCAUAGAGCUGAGUUGGUUGCAGUAUAUCUGAGCAAAAACGCAAAACAUCCAUCGUGUGUAGCAGUAUCUCCAGAAGGAAUGGUCCGUUAUUGGUUGGAUAUCACCCAUGAUCAUCGUUCUGUUGAUCAGAAUGUAGAUUUAAAUGGUGAAGAAUGUGAUAGCUUGAUUGAGGCUGGCAUUCUUGGAUGUGUAUUUGUAACCACUUCAUGUACCGUGGUGUUGGUACAACAUAAGCCCGGAAGUUACGAGGAACAAUUGAACUGUCGAACUUUGAAGACGCCCGCAAGCUGGCUGGGGGGAUUCAGUAAGAGAGUAACAUCAAUAUUCUUUGGUCCAAUGUCAAGCGAUCAAGGAAAUGAGAAUAGAAUAAUACGACUGCUGUCAGUCCCAGGUAUUCAGCAGAUUUGCAAUAUUUAUGUCUUGGCGGGCCUCAAUUUUCAAAAAUGGAUUUUAAAUGACAAAGAACCGGAGCAACUAUGUUGGUCAUCCGAUUUAUCAAGGGUGGUUAAGGAUGCAUUUCAGCAACAUUUGGGGCAUUGGGAUGUAAAUGAUUCUGAAGAAGUGGACGCGUGGAUUUUAGACCUACAGCCGGACCGUGAAGGAGUUAUAAUGUUAUGUGCUGCAGUUUAUUUACCCAUGUCACCUAUGAUCCACUAUGCAAUGAUUUCUAUCCCUACAAACGGCCCGACGGUUCCUACAGUACCAAAUGACUUCUUUUUACUAAAAAUUAAUAAUAUGUACAAAGAAAACACCCCUGGCGAUGCUUUGAAUUACAGAUUCAUCCUCUGCGGGAAUAAUGCAUAUUUUUACACUGCCAAAAGUAUAACAGUACUUAAACCAGAAGAAGAACUGGACGUUCUAGAGUUUCUUCAUCCUUCGGAUCAAAUUUUUAGUGGAUGUACUUGCCUGAACGUUCCAAUUUUCUUCUCUCGUCAACAUGGUCUGGUUUCCGUAAUUGCAAGCGAUGCAGACCGAUGCACGCUUGGAGCUUCUUCGUUAGUUUUGGAUACUGGAUCGGGUACGGAUCAGUCAUGUUCUGCCGGUGGUCAAAACCUGUCUCUCUAUCAACUUGAUCCGCACGAAAUAUACACAGCCCAUCAGCAGACUGAUGGUCAACUUAAAGCUGCUUUUAUAUUUCACGUGAAGAAUCAACUGACUGAAUGUUAUGACAUGGUUAAUAAACUGUUUCCGACUGAUGCACCAAUCAUACCGGGAUUCGACGGUCCUUUAGAUACCGUCGUAAUAAAGAUAGCGAAGGACAUUUUGGACGACAUUCCUGCUGGAGACCAUAGAUGGAAUAUUGAGGGGCAUAGCACACAAGGUCUUGGCAGCUCAAAUUCUAUGCUCGUCUUCCACCAACUGAAGAACAAACAACGCGCAUUUGCUUUAUAUUUAAAAUUUCUGCAAGAAUCUGGUUUAUGGAAUAAAUUAACUGGCCUGACCAUUCGAUGUGGAAUGACGACUACGAUCCAAGUGCUUGGAGAAUUAGCAGAAAAAAAUACAGCCGCAAUCAUCAUGAAAAGUUUGCCAUUGGGCGUUGUACUGGAAGAUAGUAUUAAACGGGCAGUUAAAAAUUACACUAAGGCUGAAAAAUCUGUCUUAUCAGAGCAAGACAUAUUCUUCAGAGAGGUUACAAGAAUUCAAGAAGGGAUUUUAUGCUGUGCCGAAGUGUGCGAAAAUGCAUGUCAUUCCGCAAUGCAGCCGGAAGCAGUCGCCAGAACUUUGCAUGAAGGCAAUCAAAUUAUUCUUACAGUUUUAACCGAAACUCUACAAUAUCGACAGCAAACAGCGGAAUCAUUCCAAUUAAAUGAUGUCGCUAAAUCGAUGAACCUGGAGUAUCUUCCUUGGACUGCUGCAGGUGGACCGGAAGGGAUAGUAGAUGCACUGAUGUUGCAGCAAUCACUUACCCUGAAUUACGGUCUGAAGGUAGAUGUUCAACGAGAACUUACAGCAGUGCUUUUGGACGAAUUUGUCAUGCUUACUGAUAUUAUCUUAGAUGGGAGAAAAACUCACAUUUCCACAGUAAAAUCAGCGCAAGAGAAACCUUUAUACAAGCAAUACUGUUCUGACAGGAAUAAACUCAUAAAACCAUUGAUUGCGAUAAAGGCUUAUCAAAAGGCUGCAAUACUAGCAGAAAAGUACCUUGAUUUUGAGGUUUUAAUGAAUAUUUGUGAUGAAAAUAAAGAUGAAGACCGAUUGAAUGAAUAUAUGCGAAGAUUUAAGGAUACCUCAUUCCCGGAGUAUGUUUACAAUUGGUAUUUGAGAGAAGGAAAGCAUGCCAGGUUACUAAACAGGUAUCGUAAAAUAGGAGACUGUCUUCCCGAAGGACGAGAGAAACUUGCCCGGUUUCUAUCAGCUUAUCCAACCCUUAGCUGGAUGCAACAGAUUUAUGAUAGGGAUUUCAGUUCAGCCUCUGAAACCUUAAGGAUCUUGGCAGAAAAUGAAACUGAAUUAGUCACCAGACAGAAAGCCAUGUAUAGUUUAAGCAAAUUAGCUAAGCUCGCAGCGCCUCUCGCAAGUGAUACAUCAGAUCUCAUUGCGGAAGUUAACAAACGUCUGGAGCUUAUAUCCUACCAAGAAGGCAUUCCAGAUUACGUUCUACAACAGCACGGAUUCGAUUGCAAAAAUCCGAAAGUAUUCAAACCAAGGGAAUUGAUUGCUUUAUACAUCAGCGAAGAAUACGUUGACUCCUCAGAAAUCGAUUUCCAGAAAGCUUUAGAUGUUGCUGCUUUCGUCGACGACGAAUCAGAAAGAGUAGAGAUAGUAUUGCAAAUUUGGAGAGCAGCUUUGUUGAGGGACAGCUGGAGCUUUCAUAACUUGGAUGAUCCUAUUGAAUGUUUACAAAAUACUAUGUUCUUCAGGGUAGUGGAUCUGGCUAUAGCGCUGAAUUAUAAUCCGAGCAAGCUACUGCCGCCAAUCGAUAUGUUAUUGGAUGAUCGAGUUUUAGACACUCUUAAGCGGAAUGUGAAUUUUGAGUUGCUUUUAAAAAUGGGCUAUGAACAUUUUUAUCGGACCCAACUAUUAUAAUUUUUUUGUUUUUUUUUGUUACGCGCCACCCAACUUCGGUAGGAUCAUUCGGUGUCUAUUAGAACCAUUUGUUUAUUAGAACCAAGGCAGAUAACGAUGAUAAGACUUAGAUGGAACUUUCUACUUAAUCAAUAACCGGGCUAAAUUGUGUUUUUAUAGUAAUUAAUUGGCUUUUACAUAACGUUCGAAUUUUUAUAUUUCUUUAACAAAUAAAAGCAUAUUUAGGAAUGUU